AUGAGGAUGGAUUAUUGGAAGCAAAAGUUUCCUUUCAACCACAGAAACCUCUUCCUCAAGUUGCUCCUCACAAUCUUCUUCCUAGGCCUCGCUUUCCGUAUUCUCUUUUUCCACUCCCUGUCCCCUCAGAUUUCUUCUGUUUUGGAAUCCCCGUUUCCUGAGAAAGUGACAUUACCCGAAGAACCUCAGACUUCACCUGUUCCGGAAGAAGAACCUGUUCCCGUUGUUGGGCUAAUUCUGACUCAAUUGAAUGCAGAGAAAUGUGAUUACUUUAAUGGGGAUUGGGUCCCGAAUCCAUCGGGUCCAGUUUACAAUAAUGACAGCUGUGACCUCAUUGAAUCUCAUCAAAAUUGCUUGAAGAAUGGGAGGCCUGACAGAGACUUUCUGUAUUGGAGGUGGGCUCCCAGGGAGUGUGAUUUGCCUCAGUUUGAUCCACACAGGUUUCUCAACUUGAUGCGGAACAAAGCCUGGGCAGUCAUUGGAGAUUCCAUUUCUCGCAACCAUGCGCAAUCGCUGGUCUGCAUUCUUUCCAAGGUGGAAAAACCUGUCUUAGUCUACCAUGACGAGGAAUACAAGUGCAAAAGAUGGAACUUUCCCUCAUACAACUUCAGUUUGUCAGUUAUUUGGUCACCAUUCCUUGUGGAAGCUGCUAUUUUUGAAGACAUAAAUGGUGUUUCGAGUUCUGAAGUGGAUCUACAUCUUGACAGACUGGAUAGCAAAUGGGCAGAUCAGUACCUCGACUUUGAUUACAUUAUUGUUUCAACUGGGAAAUGGUUUCUCAAGUCUGCAAUCUACUAUGAGAAUGAAACUAUAUUGGGUUGCCACUCCUGUCCUAAGAGGAACCUGACAGAGCUGGGUUUUAACUUUGCUUAUCGGAAAGCCUUGAAAUUAGUGAUGAACUUCAUAGUGACUUCCAAUCACAAAGGGUUGAUUUUUUUUAGGACAUUCACACCGGAUCAUUUUGAGAACGGGGAAUGGUUUAGUGGGGGAACCUGCAACAGAACAGCACCAAUUAAAGAAGGUGAAAUGGAAAUGAAAUAUUUGAACAAGAUGCUUCGUGAAAUUGAGUUAGAGGAGUUUGGAAAGGCAGCUUCUGAAGCUUCAAAAAAUGGGGUAAAUUUUAAGCUUGUGGAUUUUGCUUCACUUUCACAGUUGAGACCUGAUGGGCAUCCUGGUCCAUAUAGGCAAUUUCAUCCAUUUGAAAAGGAUCAAAAUGCUAAUGUUCAGAAUGAUUGUUUGCAUUGGUGCUUACCUGGGCCAAUAGACUCUUGGAAUGAUAUAAUAAUGGAGAUGGUUGUCAAUGGGUAAGAAAAAGAAAAUCAGUUAUAUGCCCCAUACAGUUGUGAAUAUUGAGUGAAAUUGUUACUCUCUGUAUACCAUGAUUCUUGAUAUUCAUAUUCAUACGGACGGACAAUGGAGAUUGGAGGCAAAUAAAUUAAAUGUAGCAGAAAGGAUUCUAAAUAUCAGUUUACAGCUAAUUUUGAUAUGGAAAUGCAUGGGCUUGAAAAUCUGUUUUUGGUGCGAGUGUAACCGGCCAUCCAUGGUUAUUUAAGGCAACUAUAGUCUAUAGUUCUAUCUUUUUCCAUUUUCUUGCAAUAUAUUUGAGAGUUGUGUUGUUGUCUUACACAGUUAAAAAAAAAAAUUCAAUUAGUUUUAAGGGUGGUUGGAUAAGAUAAAAUGCCAGGGAUUAUUUAUACUUAAUUCAAUGAAUAUGUUAAAAUUAUCCACUA